AGGGUAGGAUACUGGCAUCCAAAUGGCUCUCUUGAAUAGGCAACUGGGCUUAUCCAUAGCCCAUCUAAGCAGCACAGUCACCCAGCGACACUUCAGUGUUACUGGAGCUUGCAGUGCAAUACAGAAGCUGACUCGUGUGCGAGUGGUGGACAACAGCACCUUGGGGAACACACCAUACCACCGGCCACCGAAGUGUAUCCAUGUGUAUAACAAGAGUGGGGUUGGCAAAGUAGGAGAUACCAUCCUUCUGGCUAUCAAAGGAGAGAAGAAGAAGGCUUUGAUUGUAGGGCAGAAGAUGCCUGGCCCCACUAUGACCCCUAAAUUUGAUUCCAACAAUGUGGUACUUAUAGAAGACAAUGGAAAUCCAACAGGAACUAGAAUAAAAACACCAAUACCUUACCUCCUGCGACAGAAAGAAAGAAAGUUCUCCAAAGUAUUGGCCAUUGCCCGCAACUUUGUGUAAUGGCUAAGAAAAGUAUCUGGCUAUCCUGUGGAUAUCUUUUUAUGCAGUAGCUGU